UGUCCUUGUCGUCGGAGAGAGGUGCCAUGAUUUUUUCAUGCAACUUGUGACGAGCGCGACCAGUUACCGCGCGUCGGAUGAAGAUGCCGAAGGAGAGGCAAGAAAAGUCCCCAUAAGGGUCGACCGAAGUUGUGUCAUCAUAUGUGACCAAGGAGCGAAGUCUUCGUGCAGCACUCAGGCCUUUUUGCAGUCUCUCUGA